ACACAUAUUAACAAACAUCGCAUUCCGUUUCUUCUUUCUUCCAAUUCGCUCUUCCAUUUCACGCCAUUUCUUCCGCAUCUAACCGCCACCACCGUUUCCAUCAUCCUCAUCAUCACCGAACCCUAACUUACUCUCUCUCUCUCUCUGAUGGAUUUCGAUUUCGAUUUCGAUUCCGAUUCCGAUUCUCCUCCUCCUCAUUCUGCCGAUUGAUCGUAACGCCGAGUUUCUUCGGAUCGUUCCUGCUAAUCCUUCACCAUGUUCGAAGCUCACGUACUGCAUUUGCUUCGAAGAUAUUUGGGCGAAUAUGUCCAUGGACUCUCUCAGGAGACCUUGAGAAUUAGCGUCUGGAACGGUGAUGUGGUCCUCAAAGAUUUGAGGUUGAAGGCAGAGGCACUGAAUUCGCUAAAACUCCCUGUUACUGUCAAAGCUGGCUUUGUUGGUUCCAUUACAUUGAAGGUUCCAUGGAAAAGGUUGGGCAAAGAACCUGUAAUCGUUUUGAUUGAUCGUGUGUUUGUUCUUGCUCAACCUGUACCUGAUCGUCGGACUAUGAAGGAGGAGGAUAGGGAAAAGCUUUUCCAAGCCAAACUCCAGCAAAUUGAGGAACUAGAGUCAGCUACACUUGAUGCAAUAUCCAAGUCAAAAUCAACUUCUGGAAAUUCGUGGCUGAGUUCCCUUAUUUCUACAGUUAUUGGAAAUCUCAAGAUAUCUAUCAGCAAUGUGCAUAUCAGAUAUGAAGAUUCAGUCAGUAAUCCGGGCCAUCCAUUUUCUUCAGGUGUGACUUUGGCGAAGCUUGCUGCUGUUACAAUGGAUGAGCAGGGAAAUGAAACUUUUGAUACAAGUGGUGCUUUGGAUAGAUUGAGGAAGUCGGUGCAGCUUGAGAGGUUGGCUCUUUAUCAUGAUUCAGACAGGCUUCCUUGGGAGAUUCACAAGAGUUGGGAGGAUAUCAAUCCAAAUGAAUGGAUCGAGAUAUUUGAAGAUGGCAUUAAUGAACCUAAUGAUGAAAAAAAAGUGGCUUCUACGUGGGGCAUGAAUCGUACAUACUUGGUUUAUCCUAUCAAUGCAGUCCUUCAGUAUCAUCGACUUGGAAACCAAGAAAGAGUUAAUCCAGAAAUUCCAUUUGAGAAAGUUUCGCUUGUCCUCUCGGAUGUCUCUCUUACUCUAUCAGAGGCUCAGUAUCAUGAUUGGAUUAAACUUUUGGAAUCUGUUUCACGGUACAAGACAUAUAUGGAAGUUUCUCAUUUACGACCAGCUGUUCCCAUUUCAGAGGCUCCUUAUUUAUGGUGGCAGUUUGCUGCACAAGCUGCACUCCAGCAGCAGAAGAAGUGUUUUCGCUUGUCAUGGGAUCAAAUUCGGCAACUUUGUCAGCGUCGGCGUCGAUACAUUCAGUUGUAUGUGGCUUCACUUAAACAAUCAUCUAAUGUUGAUCACGCUGAAAUGAGAGAAAUAGAAAAGGAUCUUGAUUCAAAAGUGAUUCUUCUAUGGAGAUUACAAGCUCGUGCCAAGGUUGAGUCUGUGAAGUCAAAGGUAGCAGCUGAUGAAAGGAAAUUCCGGAAGAAGGGUUGGUUUUCAUUUAAAUGGCGUGGUGAUUCAGAAGAAUCCUCUUUGGAUGAUGCUUCUGAGGGAUCAGAGGGUACGGAAGAAACGUUAACCAAAGAAGAAUUGCAGGCAAUCAAUAAUUUACUGAGUUAUCAGCCUGAUGAAGAAUCGACGAAGCACUCUUCGAAAGAUAUGCAAAAUAUGAUCCAACAUAUGGUAACUGUAUCUGUUGGUCAGGCUGCUGCCAGGAUUAUCAAUGUGAAUGAGACGGAAAUUGUUUGUGGUCGAUUUGAACAACUUCAUGUGUCAACAAAGUUUAGGCAUCGCAGUGUUUACUGUGACUUGUUGCUAAAAUUUUAUGGUUUGUCUGCUCCUGAAGGUCCACUUACUGAGAGUGUCCAUAGUGAGCAGAAGGUAAAUGCUUUAGCCGCCAGUUUUGUACACCUACCGAUUGGGGAGAAUAUUGACUGGAGAUUGUCGGCUACAAUUGCUCCCUGCCAUGUUACGGUUUUGACAGAAAGUAUUGAUCGUGUCUUGGAGUUUGUUAAACGAAGUAAGGCAGUCAGCCCCACUGUUGCAUUGGAGACAGCUACUGCCUUGCAGAUGAAGAUUGAGAAAGUGACUCGUAGAGCACAGGAGCAAUUUCAGAUGGUUUUAGAGGAGAAAAGCAGAUUUGCAUUCGAUGUUGAUCUUGAUGCUCCAAAAGUUAGAAUUCCUCUCAGAUCUCGUGGUUCAGCCAGAUGUGAUAGUCAUUUUCUUUUGGACUUUGGUCAUUUUACACUACACACUGCGGAAAGCCAGUCUGAUGAGCAGAGGCAUAAUCUUUAUUCUCGAUUUUACAUAUCAGGACGUGAUUUUGCUGCCUUUUUUACGGACUGUGGCUCUGAUUUCGGGAGUUGCAGUUUGGUUAAACCAACUCAUGAUAGUCAAAUAAUAAGCUCACCACGAGCCAAAGAAGCUGAUAAUGUGUAUUCUGUCAUUGAUAGGUGUGGAAUGGCAGUACUUGUUAAUCAGAUUAAAGUGCCUCAUCCAAGUUACCCAUCAACAUGUAUAUCCAUUCAAGUGCCAAAUCUUUGCAUUCACUUUUCACCAGAGAGAUUUUGUAGAAUCAUGGAGCUGCUGAGCAUAUUGCGCAAGACUAUGGAAACAUGUAAUCAGCCUACACCUGAUAGUUUACACUCCAAACUCGCUCCUUGGAGUCGUGAUCUAGUUGUUGAUGGUAGAAUCCUAGUUUGGAAGGGAAUUGGGAAUUCAGUUGCUACGUGGCAAACAUGUUUUCUGGUGCUUUCGGGGUCAUAUCUUUAUGUAUUUGAAACUGCAGAGUCUCAGAGUUACCAGCGAUACCUAAGCAUGGCUGGCAAGCAAGUCCUUGAGGUUCCCCCAACAAAUGUUGGUGGUUCGCCAUUUUGUAUUGCUAUAAGCUCCAGGGGGAUGGACUUCCAAAAGGCUUUGGAAUCUUCUAGCACCUGGAUUUUGGAUUUUCGAGAAGAGAAGGAGAAGGCUAGGUGGUUUAAAAGGCUUAUACAAGCCACUUAUGAAGCAUCUGCUCCCCUAUCUGUUGAUGUUCUAGAUGAUUCAAACAGUGAUGCUGCUUGCGACAAUGUUCUUAAUACAAGUAAAAAAUCAGCUGACAUUGUCAUAAAUGGAGCAUUGGUAGAAACCAAGCUACUUAUAUAUGGAAAGGCAGGGGACACCUUAGAUGGGAAAUUUGGCGAGUCUCUAAUGCUUGAGGUUAUUGCAGAUGGGGGAAAAAUGCAUCUGGCUCUUGCAAAUGCUGACCUGACAAUGAAGAUGAAGUUGCAUUCGUUGAAAGUUAAAGAUGAACUUCAGGCUCGUCUGUCAGUGACCCCACAAUAUCUGGCUGUUUCUGUCUUGAAGGAGAGUGUAUCUUCUUCACCCUCUGCUUUAUUUGAUUCACAUGGGAAGGAUGCAUCUCUUGGAUUUCCUGAUGAUGAUGAUAGCUUUAGUGAUGCUCUAUCUGAUUUCAUUUCUCACGUAGAAGGGGGAAACCAUUUACAUAAUAUGGAUUGGGAUAUGCAAGGGGGGAUGGGGAUUGCUUCUGAUUUUGAAUCUCUUGAAAGCUUAAUACAUGAAAAAGAAAUUGAGAAGGGAAAGAACACUCCUCGAGAGGUAUAUUAUGAGGCUGAGGGAACUGAUAACUUACAUUUUGUGUCUGUCACCUUUGCAACAAGAAGUUCAAGCUCACCUGAUUAUGAUGGUAUCGACACACAGAUGUGUGUUCGAAUGUCCAAACUGGAAUUUUUCUGCAACCGACCAACUAUUCUUGCUUUGAUAAGCUUUGGCUUGGAUAUAAGCUCUGGAAAUAAAGGGAAAAGCGAUACAAGCACUAUAGCCACUUCUCCUGAGCAAACUUCCAUGAAGAAGGAUAAGACUGAUGAAAAAGAACGUGUUAAAGGAUUGCUAGGUUUUGGUAAAGAGCGAGUAGUAUUUCAUUUAAACAUGAAUGUGGAUAGUGUAACUAUUUUUCUUAACAAGGAGGAUGGUUCUCAACUUGCUACCUUAGUACAAGAAAAUUUCCUAGUGGAUCUUAAGGUUCAUCCAAGUUCUCUUUCUAUUUGUGGAACAUUGGGAAAUUUCAGACUUCGUGAUACAUGCCUUGGACCAGAACAAUGUUGGGAUUGGCUUUGUGACAUACGCAAUCCUGGUGUUGAAUCACUUAUAAAGUUCAAGUUCAAUUCGUAUAGUGCUGGAGAUGAUGAUUAUGAAGGAUAUGCCUACAAACUGCAAGGUCAACUCUCAGCUGUUCGCAUCGUUUUCCUUAAUAGAUUUGUGCAAGAGAUAAUGGUGUACUUUAUGGAACUUGCCACCCCUCGUACAGAAGAAGCAAUCAAACUUGUUGAUAAAGUUGGAGGGUUUGAAUGGUUGAUUAAGAAACAUGAAAUAGAUGGAGCUACCGCACUCAAGCUGGAUCUUUUACUUGACACUCCAAUUAUCAUUUUUCCAAGGGAUUCACUGAGUAAAAACUUUAUACAACUUGAUCUGGGUAUGCUACAGAUUAAAAAUGAAUUCAGAUGGCAUGGAUCUCGAGAAGAAGAUCCUUCAGCUGUGCAUAUUGAUAUACUUCAUGCCCAGAUUCUAGGAAUUAACAUGUCUGUUGGAAUUGAUGGUUGCCUUGGAAAACCAAUGAUACGGGAAGGUCAGGGAUUUGAUAUAUUUGUCCGUCGAAGCUUGAGGGAUGUGUUCAGGAAAGUCCCAAAUUUUUCACUUGAAGUGAAGGUUGAUUCAUUGCAUGUUAUAAUGUCUGAUAAAGAAUAUAAGGUGAUUUUGGAUUGCACUUGCUGGAAUUUAAGAGAACCACCGCGGCUUCCUGCAAGCUUUCGUGGUGGAAGUUCUGAUUCAAAGGAUACCAUUAAGCUUCUGGUGGAUAAGGUUAAUAUGAAUAGUCAACAACUGUUGUCACAAACCGUUACAAUUAUGGCGGUUGUGGUGAACCAUGCCUUACUGGAGCUCUGUAAUGGCACUGGUGGGGAAUCACCUUUGGCUCAUGUUGCUAUUGAAGGUCUUUGGGUUAACUAUCGCAUGACUUCUUUGUCAGAAACAGACCUCUUUGUGACAAUUCCAAAAUUCUCCAUACUAGAUGUCCGCCCUGAUACAAAACCUGAAAUGCGUUUAAUGCUUGGAUCAUCUACUGAUGCUUCCAAACAAUCAGUUACCGGAAAAGUUCCCUUUGCAUUAAACACGGGCAGCUUUCGAAGGACAAUAAAUGAUGCUGGAGUUGAUGUUGAUAUGCCAAUUUCAACAAUGUUUCUGAUGGAUUGCAGAUGGCGGACAUCAUCCCAAUCGUUUGUGAUUCGUGUGCAGCAGCCCCGGGUCCUUGUUGUGCCAGAUUUUCUUCUUGCAGUGGCCGAGUUUUUUGUUCCUGCUCUUGGUGCACUAACCGGAAGAGAGGAAACAAUGGAUCCAAAAAAUGAUCCUAUCAGCAGAAACAACAGCAUUGUACUGAUGGAAUCAAUUUACAAGCAGAAAGAAGAUGUGGUGUACCUCUCUCCCUCUAAACAGUUAGUAGUCGAUCAUGUAGGUGUUGAUGAAUAUAUAUACGAUGGUUGUGGAAAGGUUAUUUGUUUAUCUGUUGAAACAGACACAAAGGAAGCCCGCACCGUAAGGUUUAGGCCAAUUAUAGUCAUCGGGCAUGGCAAGAAGUUACGAUUCGUUAAUGUGAAAAUUGAGAAUGGUUCUCUUCUAAGGAAGUAUACCUACCUGAGUAAUGACAGCAGCUAUUCAGUCUCUAUUGAUGAUGGCGUUGACAUUGUGGCUCCAGACAUUUUGUCAUCCGGUGAUGAGAAAAGCCUUGACAACAUGAAUCAAAUGUCGAGCACUUAUACAGAUAGUCAAAGUGAAUUAGAAAUGACUCGAAGUUUUACCUUUGAAACUCAGGUUGUUUCUUCGGAGUUGACCUUCUAUGAUGGUACUAAGUCAUUUCUGGAUGAUUCAUCUUAUGGCGAAAAGCUUAUCCGUGCAAAGUUGGACAUGAGCUUCAUGUAUGCCUCUAAGGGAAAAGACUCUUGGAUUAGGACCCUGGUGAAGGAUUUUACUCUUGAGGCUGGCUCUGGACUUGUCAUUCUAGAUCCAGUUGACAUAUCUGGGGGAUACACUUCUGUGAAGGAUAAAACAAAUAUUUCUCUGCUGUCAACGGACAUUUGUGUUCAUCUUUCACUCAGUGCUGCUACUCUUAUACUCAAUCUGCAAAGUCAGGCAUCUGCUGCAUUAAGUUUUGGAAAUGCAACUCCCCUUGUUCAAUGUUCCAACUAUGACCGAAUUUGGGUGUCUGAAAAAGAGACUGGGCCCAACAAAAAUAUUACCUUUUGGAGGGCUAGAGCACCUUCAAACUAUGUUGUAUUAGGAGAUUGUGUGACAUCAAGGCCGAUUCCUCCUUCACAAGCUGUAAUGGCAGUAAGUAACACAUAUGGCCGUGUAAGGAAGCCAGUCGACUUCUAUCUUAUUGGAUCAUUGCUGAAAAUUUUAGGGCAUGAUGGUCCUGAUGGCCACUCUAUUUCUGGCAGUGAUUGUUCUCUUUGGAUGCCCAUUCCGCCUCCAGGUUAUGUAGCUCUUGGCUGUGUGGCCCAUACUGGGAACCAACCACCACCAAAACAUGUUGUUCACUGCUUACGUUCUGAUCUUGUAACAUCAGCGGAAUAUUCAGAUUGUUUGCAUAAUAUCCCAUCAAAUGAACAAUUUACAUCUGUAUUUAGUAUAUGGCGCCUUGAUAAUGCUGUUGGCUCUUUUUUCGCACAUUUUUCAACUGGUUGCCCCCUAAAAGACAGCUGCUAUGACCUAAAUCAUCUGCUUCUCUGGAAUUCAAAUCGAGCUCCUUUGAUGGACCCCUUCUCAAGUUUUAAUUCUGAUAACGAAGAUAUUGAGGAUACAAGAAAAAGUGUAACCACAUCUGGUUGGGAUAUUGUCAAGUCCAUAUCAAAAGCAGCUAACUCAUAUAUAUCUACACCAAACUUUGAAAGGAUUUGGUGGGACAAAGGCGGUGACCUCCGCCAUCCAGUCUCUAUUUGGCGACCUAUUGCACGUCAUGGCUAUGCUGUUGUGGGUGAUUGCAUCACUGAAGGCCUAGAACCUCCUGCACUUGGAAUAGUCUUCAAGAGUGACAAUCCUGAUCUCUCUUCAAAACCUGUUCAGUUUACCAAAGUUUCCCACAUUCUAGGGAAAGGGAUUGAAGAAGUUUUCUUCUGGUAUCCUAUACCUCCACCAGGUUAUGUUUCUUUGGGAUGUGUUGUCUCCAGAACAAAUGAACCACCAAGUGCAGAUUUGUUUUGCUGCCCAAGGAUGGAUCUAGUCAGCCAAGCAAACAUUCAUGAGGUGCCCCUUUCAAGAUCUUCAAGUUCAAGGGCUCCUCAGUGCUGGAGCAUAUGGAAAGUAGAAAACCAGGCGUGCACUUUCCUAGCUCGUUCUGACCUUAAAAAGCCAUCAAGUCGUUUGGCUUACAUAAUUGGUGAUUCUGUGAAACCAAAGACUCGAGAAAACAUAAAUGCUGAGCUGAAGCUAAGAUACUUUUCUCUGACAAUUUUGGACAGCUUAUACGGAAUGAUGAGGCCUCUAUUUGACACUACAAUUACCAAUAUUAAGCUUGCUACACAUGGUGGACUGGAGGGGAUGAAUGCAGUUCUGAUUUCUUCAAUUGUUGCUUCAGCCUUUAAUGCUAAAUUAGAGGCAUGGGAACCUUUUGUGGAGCCAUUUGAUGGAAUAUUCAAGUUUGAAAGUUAUGAUACGAAUGUACAAUCAGAAUUUGGAGUUGGUAAGAGAAUUCGAAUGUCUGCUACCAGUAUCUUGAAUGUCAAUAUCAGUGCAGCAAGUCUUGAUACCUUUGUGGGGAGCAUUCUUUCAUGGAGAAGACAGAUGGAACUUGAAGAGAAAGCAUCAAAGUUAAAUAUGGAAGCUGGUGAUCAACAAAGCAAAGGAGAGGAUACAGCUUUUUCUGCACUAGAUGAGGAUGACUUGCAGACUGUGGUUGUAGAAAAUAAUCUUGGGUGUGAUAUUUUUGUUAAAAAAGUUGAGCACAAUGUAAAUACAGUUGACAAACUGAACCAUGGCGAUUGUGCUUCUGUGUGGAUCCCACCUCCAAGGUUUUCAAAUAGAUUAAAUGUUGCAGAUGAAUCUAGAGAAGCACGUUAUUAUGUUGCUGUACACAUUCUGGAGGCCAAGGGUUUAUCUCUCAUAGAUGAUGGUAAUAGCCAUAACUUCUUCUGUGCUUUGCGUCUCGUUGUAGACAGUCAGGCGUCAGAGCAGCAAAAGCUUUUUCCCCAGAGUGCAAGAACAAAGUGUGUGAAGCCUGUAGUAUCACAAAGUGAUCAGGAUGAAGGCACAGUGAAGUGGAAUGAACUUUUCAUAUUUGAAGUUCCUCGAAAGGCACCUGCUAAGUUGGAAGUAGAGGUUACCAAUCUUGCUGCCAAAGCUGGGAAAGGGGAUGUGGUGGGUGCGUUGUCUUUUCCUGUUGGACAUGGGGCAAAUAUUCUAAGGAAGGUUGCUUCCACAAGAAUGUUUCAUCAGUCUUAUGAUGUUCAGAGUAUUCGAUCAUAUCCACUUAGUAAAAUGGUCCAACACAGCAAUGCUGAAGCAAUAAACGAGGGAUUCCUCUUUGUUUCAACUUCUUAUUUUGAAAGAAACACAAUUGCUAAGCAUCAAAAAGACAUGGAAAGUUUGAAUGAUGUUGACAGGGAAAUAGGUUUUUGGGUAGGGCUUGGCCAAGAGGGUGAGUGGGAGAGCAUUCGCUCAUUGCUUCCACUUUCAGUGGUUCCAAAAUCAUUAGAGAAUGAAUACGUUGCUAUGGAAGUUCUCAUGAAAAAUGGAAAGAAACAUGUCAUUUUUAGGGGUCUUGUUACAGUUGUGAAUGAUUCAGAUGUUACAAUGAAUAUUUUGACCUCACGUUCAUCUCAUGGUAUUGACCCCUCACCUGGAGCGUACAGUUCUAAUACUGUAGUGGAAGAGGUCUUUCAAAAUCAGUAUUAUCAGCCAUCAUAUGGUUGGAGUAACAAUUGGCCAUUGACAGAACAUGAUGCUCCUGGUCACUGGAGCACAAGGGACUUCUCGUACUCAUCUAAGGACUUCUUUGAACCUCCACUUCCACCUGGGUGGAAAUGGACAUCAGGCUGGUCCAUAGAUAAGUUUCAGUAUGUUGACAAGGAGGGGUGGGCAUAUGGGCCUGACCUUAAAAACUUACAAUGGCCUCCUACUUCUUCAACAUUUUCGACAAAAUCAUCUUCUGAUGUUGUUCGUCGGAGACGUUGGAUUCGUACUAGACAAAACUUUUCGGAUCAAGGUAAAGAAUACAUACAAAGUGGUGCGAGUACCUUACACCCUGGUGCUUCUACUGUUUUACCUUUGAGAAGUACAUCCAAGAACUCUAACCACUAUUUGCAAGUUCAACCAAACUCCAACGGUUCUAUGCCAUCAUACUCAUGGGGAUGUGCUGUAGCUGUUGGUUCAACUUACAUGUAUAGCAAAGACCAACCAGUGGAUCAAAGUUCCAGACGUAAUUCUGCGACAUCCAAUUGUUCAAUGAAUCUAAAUGAGCUUGAGAAGAAGGAUAUACUUUUGUGCUGUAAUCCCAGCAGCGGAAGCAAACAAUUAUGGCUUAGCGUGGGUAUAGAUGCGACGGUUCUUAAUACUGAACUAAACGCUCCUGUUUAUGAUUGGAGAGUAUCUGUCAACUCCCCUAUUAAAUUGGAGAAUCGGCUUCCUUGCCCUGCUGAGUUUUCAAUCUCUGAGAAAACAAAGGAAGGAAACUGUGUAGAGCAGCAUCAAGGUGUCGUAUCUUCUCGGCAGAGUGUACAUAUCUAUUCAGCUGAUAUUCGGAAACCUUUAUACCUUACUCUGUUUGUGAAAGGAGGCUGGGUAAUGGAUAAGGAUGCUAUUCUUGUACUGGAUCCUUCUUUCUCCAAUCAUGUCUCAUCUUUUUGGAUGGUUCAUCCAAAGAGUAGAAGGAGAUUGCGCUUGAGCAUUGAACUUGAUAUGGGUGAAACAAGUACCGCACCAAAAACCUUAAGACUUUUUGUUCCUUAUUGGAUUGUCAACGAUUCUUCUUUACUGUUGGCAUAUCGUGUGGUGGAUGUCGAAGCUCUUGAAAAUACAGAGGCAGACUCUGUCCUACUCUCUAGAGCAGCUAAGUCUGCCAGAACUGCCUUGAAAAAUCCCAUAAGCUCAUUGGAUAGGAGGCACUCUAAUUCAAGGGGGAAUCUACAAGUUCUUGAAGUAAUUGAAGACAGCAGUCCAUUCCCUAGCAUGCUUUCUCCACAAGAUUAUGCUGGUCACAGUGGAGCUGCAAUGUUUCAGUCUCAAAAGGAUGCAUACUUGUCACCGAGGGUGGGCCUUUCUGUUUCUCUCCGCCAUUCUGAAAUUUACAGUUCUGGGAUUUCUCUGCUUGAACUGGAAAACAAGGAAAGGAUUGACGUAAAGGCUUUCAAUUCUGAUGGAUCUUACUACAAACUUUCUGCAUUGUUGAACAUGACUUCAGACAGGACAAAGGUGGUUCAUUUCCAACCACACACAAUCUUCAUUAACAGGGUUGGGUGUAGUGUUUGCCUGCAACAAUGCGACACACAGUCAGCUCUAUGGAUUCAUCCCGAUGAUCCCCCAAAACCCUUUGGGUGGCAAACAUCAGCCAAAGUUGAACUUUUGAAGUUGCGUGUUGAUGGCUACAAAUGGAGUGCCCCAUUUAGUGUUAGCUAUGAAGGUGUAAUGCGCAUUAGCUUAAAUAAAGAAGCUGGAGGCGAUCCAAUGCAACUAAGAGUAGCUGUCAGAACUGGGGCCAAGAAGUCACGCUUUGAAGUUAUUUUUCGUGCAAAUUCAUUGAGAAGUCCAUACAGAAUUGAAAAUCGCUCCAUGUUCUUGCCCAUUCGCUUUCGUCAAGUUGAUGGGACAGCUGAUUCUUGGCAGCUGCUGCUUCCCAAUUCAGCUGCUUCAUUUCUGUGGGAAGAUCUUGGUAGGAGACGUUUAUUGGAACUCUUUGAAGAUGGCACUGACCCAAUGAAAUCACUAAAGUAUGAUAUUGAUGAAGUUGCUGAUCACCAGCCGACCCAAACAGGAGAUGGACCAACUAAAGCCAUGCGUGUUACUAUUUUAAAGGAAGAGAAAAUCAACGUUGUUAAGAUAAGUGAUUGGAUGCCCGAAACUGAACCUGCAGGAGUUCUUGGCAAAAGGCAUUUAUCAGCAAUGAGUGAAUCUCAAAAGCAACAACUAACAGCUAUUUCCAAUUCUGAAUUCCACAUCAAUUUUGAUCUUGCUGAGCUUGGGAUAUCAAUUAUUGAUCAUACUCCUGAGGAAAUUUUGUACCUUUCUGUCCAGAAUCUUGUUCUGGCAUAUUCUACUGGUUUAGGAUCUGGAAUUAGCAGAUUCAAACUCAGAAUGGGUGGGUUACAAGUUGACAACCAAUUGCCAUUAACUCCAAUGCCAGUUCUCUUCAGACCACAGAGACUUGUGGCAGAAAUUGAUUAUAUCCUGAAAUUUUCAGUGACAAUGCAAUCAGAUGGAUCAUUGGAUCUGUGUGUAUAUCCUUACAUUGGUCUUCAUGGGCCAGAAGGCUCUGCCUUUUUAAUAAACAUUCAUGAACCAAUUAUUUGGCGCCUACAUGAAAUGAUUCAAGUGGUGAAGCUUGGUAGGCUGACUGAUUCUCAAACUACUGCUGCAUCAGUUGAUCCAAUCAUUCAAAUUGGUGUCCUUAAUAUUUCGGAAAUUCGAUUCAAAGUGUCAAUGACUAUGUCACCAAGUCAAAGGCCAAGAGGUGUGCUUGGUUUCUGGGCAUCCUUGAUGACUGCAUUGGGUAACAUGGAAAAUAUGCCAGUGAAGAUAAACCAGAAGUUUCAUGAGAAUGUGUGCAUGAGGCAGAGUUCAAUGAUUAGUAUGGCUGUAUCAAAUAUCAGGAAGGAUCUUCUAGGCCAACCACUUCAGCUUCUCUCAGGUGUUGAUAUAUUGGGCAAUGCCAGUAGUGCACUUGGACACAUGAGUAAAGGAGUUGCUGCAUUGUCUAUGGAUAAGAAGUUCAUUCAAAGUCGGAUGAGACAGGAAAGCAAAGGUGUGGAGGAUUUUGGGGAUGUUUUAAGAGAGGGAGGCGGGGCAUUAGCUAAAGGUUUGUUCAGAGGGGUAACUGGUAUUUUGACAAAGCCUCUUGAAGGUGCAAAAUCUUCUGGCGUUGAGGGUUUUGUUCAGGGUGUUGGGAAGGGUAUUAUAGGGGCAGCAGCACAACCAGUUAGUGGAGUUCUAGAUCUUCUGUCAAAAACGACAGAAGGUGCCAAUGCUAUGAGAAUGAAAAUUGCAUCUGCUAUAACAUCUGAAGAACAACUUCUCCGGAGGAGACUGCCACGCGUUAUAGGUGGGGAUAAUUUGCUUAGACUAUAUGAUGAGUACAAAGCUCAAGGACAGGUCAUAUUGCAGUUGGCAGAAUCAGGCUCAUUUUUCAGCCAGGUUGAUCUUUUUAAAGUUCGAGGAAAGUUCGCCUUAACUGAUGCUUAUGAAGAUCACUUCAUGCUUCGAAAAGGGAAGAUUCUCAUGAUCACUCAUCGACGAUUGAUACUAUUGCAACAACCAUCCAAUGUUAUCGGUCAGAGGAAGUUCAUCCCAGCAAGGGAUCCGUGUUCAAUACAGUGGGAUAUACGGUGGGACGACCUUGCUACGAUGGAACUUACUCAUGGAAAAAAGGACAACCCCAAAUCCCCUCCAACGCGUCUCAUUUUGUAUUUGAAGUCUAGAACAUUAGAUACCAAAGAAAACGUUCGCAUUGUAAAAUGCAUCCCUGAAUCCCAUCAAGCUCUUGAAGUUUACUCUUCAAUAGAUCGUGCAUUUCACACUUAUGGUCCAGGGGCAUCAAAGGUAACACUGGCAAAGAAUGCGAAAAAGCCUUAUUCUCCGCAUGUUGAGGGCUCUAAAUUUGAUUUAACACUGAAAGAGGUGACGCCUGGAUCAACUCCCGUCUCUUCAAUCUUUGGAAGCAGCAGUUCCCGUCGCUAUACCUGAGUUUUUGCUCUGCAUUCAGCAUAAUCGAUCCAAAACCCUUCUCUCAAACUGCAUCCCCCAAACCCUCUCUCUAUUCACGAAGUUAUUCAUAUCACAGUCGUCCUCCUCAUUCUUACAUUCAUUCAAUACAAGAGAGAGAUAUAUAUGAGCCCAGUUCCCCUUCAGCUUAAGAGGUGGAUCAUCUCAGAAGUUGGCUUCUUGAGGACCUGUUUGCUGAAGAAAUAUGAGUUCUUCCGACUGGUGAGGUAUCUGAGGUGGCAGCUUUUUUCCCUCGGAUCUCACUGCUCUGCCAUAGCAUAAUGUCCAGCAAUUAUUGUAUUUUAUUAUAGAUCGAAAUAGUUUACGCUGUACAUAUAUACAUAUAUAUAAUCAUAGCUCUGAUAGUAAUAGGAGAUACUGAUAGCUUAUUGAGAAACAAAAUUAUUUCUUGCUGCAUAGAAUUAAUCAUUCAUAGCAAAUACAUAAAAGCUUAUUACGCCAAAAUAAAAUAUGAUAGCCAAGUAUACAAUCAUACAUGCUGCAAUUAGAUUAGCGAGGGGGAAACUACUGGCAAAUAAAAUUUGUUUAUCAAUGAUCCUGAUAAUCUUUGUGUGUUUGGAAAAUGAAUUCGUCCGACUGUGUUCGAUGAUACAAAUUGACUACGUGCGGGAUAUUUAUCUGUUUUCUCUUGUGAUAGCAAAAGAUGCACUAAACUAUUUUGGGUGGGAGAAGA